CCAGCGUUGUCUGGGUUAGGGUUUGGACGGGGUAGGCUGUCAUUGUAAAUAAAAAUGUGUUGUUAACUGACUUGCCUAGUUACAUAAAAAAAGUAAUAUAUAAAAGACGCUGACAAGAAUAUGCUAAGUCACAUCUAAAAUAUUUAAAAUCCACUGACUUUUUAGCUGACACAUCGGAUUGUCAAAUGUUUGCCUGCCGACAGUACUUACUUAGCACCUCUGAACAGAGUGUCGACAGUCAAUCUCUUUUGUGAUCACACAGCAUAGACCUUGACGUCGUCAGCCACUCAGCCUCGUUAAAAUACUCCAAACCAGAAGGUGCUGCUUAGUUUAUGGUCUAGAUUUCAAUGUUAGCUAGCUAGCUGCAGUAAUGUUAUUAUUUUGUAGAAAGCCCUUGUUGAUACUAACCAUAUGGUCACAGCUAGGUAACUACCUAGCAAGAUGACGAAGAAACAAUUUAAUUCACUCUCCAUAAUCCCAUACUGCCAGUGCUAACCCAUAGCCAAAUGUUUAACUAGCUAGCUAAGGACACUGCUCUAACUCGGAAGCCAACACCGGCAGCUGUUUCAUGGAAACUAAUCCAUUGGGAUUUAAUUAUAAUGUCAAUACUAGCUACAGUUGAAAAUUGGAGAACACAUUGGGAGGGAUUUUAGACCAUUCCUCCAUACAGAAUAUUUCCAGAUCCUUGAUAUCCUUCAUUUGCAUUUAUGGACUGCCACCUUCAAUUCAAACCACAGGUUUGUUCGGAGACUGUUGAUUUUGUGGCCAAAUAAUACUUUUUUUGUGGGUUUUGAUGUUUGUUUAGUGUCAGUGUCUUGCUGGCAGAAUCAACCAGGGUUUUGACAAAACUAUCCUGGUAAUGUGUAAAGUUCAUGAUGCUGUUGACCUUAACAAGGGCCCCAGGACCAGUGGAUGGAAAAUAGCCGCAUAACAUUAAAGGUCCAUCACAUUUGACAGUAGGUAUAGGGUUAGUUUCUGCAUAUUAAUCUUUCUUUGGACACAAAACCUACCACUGGUGUGUGUGGCUAAAGAGCUCUAUUUCCAUGUCCUCCAACAAAUGUAAUUGCCUGGAGUUUGCUAAAUGGCAUUGGAACUUGGAUUGGAACUGAUGCUGUGGUCAGAUGACAUGAAAAUAGAGCUCUUUGGAAAUAUUCUGUAUGGAGGAAUGGUCUCUAAGAUGUGUUCUCCAAUCUAAUAAAACAUUUUAGAAAAAAGCUCAUUGCCGAUAUCCUCGCAAGUCGAGGUAUUGAAAGGAGGGGUGCUAAUGACUAUGACCCCUAUCUUUUUGAGAAUUGUUUUUAUUAAUAGUUAAACAAAAUGUCCCAAUUUUUUGGAGCAUACAAUAUAGCUCAGUAUUUGUAUUAUUUAUUUUAUACAUUCUUUUUUGUUCAUUUUUUUUGAUCAAGGGUGCCAAUAAUUUGACCUGACUGUAACAUGAGUCUCCACAACACUAUUAUGAAGCAAAUCCUUUGAACAUCAUGCCUUAUUUAAUGAUUCACCCACGCUUACUUAAAUUUGUAGUGCUUCACGGGUUUUACACUUACGAAACUGCUUGAUUAUUCAUUAAUUAAGCAUUGAGAAGGUGUGCCUACAACUUUCGCUGAGGUUCCUCUCAUCCUCCACUAAUUUCCCCGAUUCCUCCUCCGCUAUUCUUCAUCUUUACUUAUCCCACAUACUUUCCUCUCCUGUCCAUGCCCCCUCUUUUGUAUAUCACCUCGCUUCUGAAAUCUUCUACUCUCCUUCUCCCUCAUCUCUCUCUGCUCCAUUCUUCUCUGUCCAUUUUCCUUUCUCCUCCCACUGAGCAAAAACUGGUUGCAUUAACGUUGUUUUCACAUAACUUCAACAAAAACAUGUAAUGUGAUGAUGUUGAAUCAAUGUGGAGAACUGAUUGGAUUUGCAAAAAGUCAUCAACUGUCGAUUCAGGGCCCUCACCAGAGAACCUUGUUGAAGAACCUUCUGAAGGACUACAAUCGAAUGGAGAGGCCGGUGGGCAAUGAUUCACACUCCCUCACAGUCUUCUUCACUAUCAGUCUGAUGCAGAUCAUGGAUGUGGAUGAGAAGAAUCAGGUCCUCACCACUAACAUCUGGCUUCGGAUGAGCUGGUUUGAUCAUUAUCUUCAGUGGAACCAGACUGAAUACCCUGGAGUGAAAAACCUUCGGUUCACAACUGACCAGGUGUGGACGCCAGACAUCCUCCUCUACAACAGUGCAGACGAUGACUUUGACUCCACCUUCAAGACCAACGUGUUGGUCAACUCCAGUGGCUUCGCGGAGUAUCUCCCUCCAGGGAUUUUCAUGAGCACAUGUAACGUGGACGUACGUUGGUUCCCCUUCGAUAUCCAAAAGUGUGAGAUGAAGUUUGGCUCAUGGACGUACGAUGGCUGGCUGAUGGACCUACAAAUGAACGAGGCCGACAUCUCCGGUUACAUGUCCAACGGGGAAUGGGACCUAGUGGGAGUGCCAGGCACUCGUAGCGAGGUGUUCUAUGACUGCUGUAAGGAGCCCUACCCCGAUGUGACGUUCGUUGUGACCAUCCGCCGGCGCACUCUCUACUACGCUCUAAACUUGCUCAUCCCCUGUGUGCUGCUGUCCUCCAUGACCCUGCUUAUCUUCCUACUGCCUGCCGACUCUGGGGAGAAGAUCUCUCUGGGUAUCACUGUGCUGCUCUCGCUCACAGUCUUCAUGUUGCUGGUGGCAGAGAUCAUGCCAGCUACUUCAGAUUCCAUCCCUCUCAUAGGACAGUACUUUGCUAGUACUAUGAUCAUUGUUGGGAUGUCAGUCAUAGCUACAACGGUGGUGCUGCAGUAUCAUCACCACGACCCAAACGGAGGCCAGAUGCCCAAAUGGGUUAAUGUGGUCCUACUGCAGUGGGUAGCAUGGUUCCUACGUAUGAAGCGCCCAGGGGAGAGUGAUGACCCAGAGCGACCACCCUGCGCCCCCCACCUACGGCGCUGCUCUUCAAGCUCCCAGAGCGGUAGCAUCCCUAACCCUCCAGACCCCACGCUCAACCCACUGCACCCCCAAAACCUGGCCCCUCUCCAGGCUGGCCCCCUGCACGCGGGUCAACCCCACCUUCACGCCCAGUCCAGCGCCAACAACAACGGAAACCUGCUCUACAUCGGCUUCCAGAACCUGGACGACCCCCCACUGCUCCCAGACCACAUCCAGAGUUACAGCAUCUCAGCCGGGCCUCCUCGAGUAGCAGGCAGCCCCCCUCCACCACCCCCCACCCCCAACGAGGACACUGUGGGCUGCCCUAGCACUAUUUCCAGUGGCGGAGGCUUUGGAAUAGGGGUUGGAGGACAGUACUCGGGAGGGGGUAUAGGUGAUCCUCAGCUCCAGGCUAUUCUGGAGGAGGUGCGUUACAUGGCGGACCGCUUCCGUGAACAGGAUGAGACGGAGAGCGUGGCCGACCAGUGGAAGUUUGCGGCAGCUGUCAUUGACCGGCUCUGCCUGGUGGCCUUCAGUAUGUUCAACAUCAUCUGCACCAUCGCCAUCCUCAUGUCCGCUCCCAACUUUGUCGAGGCUGCCUCCAAGGACUUCUUCUGAGGAAGAAGAGGAUGGGGCAGAGGAGAAGAGAAAGAAUGAGGGAGAAGAGAUGUAGGGGAGAAAGAGCAGGAUGUGGAAUGAUUUGGGGCUUAGUCCAAGAGGGCUAUUGUCAGGGACCCUCCUGUCAAGAUGAGGGGGGUUCUUUGGAGAGGACUAUAGAACAUCUCAAGAUGUUCUCUUGAAGUCUAUCAAUGACCUCUGAUGAAAUGGAACAGGAUGGGGCGCGAUGAGUUUAUGGGCGAAGAAUCCAAAAAGGCAUGGUUCAACGACUGUACAGGGUGAAGUAAAUUGUACUGAAUUAUGAGGCGUUUUCAAAGACCUUUAAGAAGUGAAAGUGAACAGGAAGGGCAAUAAGAAAAGUGGAGCAUGGGAUAAUUCAACCUGAGAUUGGGAAGAUUGCAGUACUUACAGAAAGCGAGAGAGGGAAAUAGACAGAUGGAUAGGGCUGUUUUAUUUGAUGUCAAAUCCCAGAAAAGAAAAAAAGGCAAAGAAAGACUGCAUCAUUUACUGAAACAGGGGACCAGGAGGGAGGGGGAGAGACUGACUUUUACAAGGAAAGACAAGGAAUGAGUGUGUGAACAGACAGAGGUUUUCCCUGGUGACAGUGAAGGUGGGAGGGUCAAACAAACUGAACUUGGCCUCGUCUCUGAGAUAGAAAGAAGAACAAAGCGGAUUAGAGGAAUGAAAAUAAUAUCUAAUCUUUCAUUCUGUCAUUUGUUUCAUGGGCAUCAAAUUGAAAGGCCUUAAAUAACAUGCAGCCGAUUUCAGAUCAGUUGAGGCACCAAAUGAAUUCCCAUUUAACAGCCCCAUUUCCUUCCCCAGGCCUUAUCUGUCAGUGGGUUGCCAGUGUAUACCAAUCUCCACUUUUUGUCCUACGGUGUGUAGCGCUCCUUGUGAUUGGGCAACUGCAUUAGUGUGUAAUCAGUGUAAUUGCCAGUAAUUGUGUUACAGUGGAGGGUCGAUCCAAUAAUGACCCAUCAAACAGUCACCUAAUAGAAUUUGGCAGGUCCUAAUAGAGAAGGCUGAUCUCAUUGAGCUCCAAAGUGAAAUCUUAAUAUACUGUAUGUGAGGUCAGCAACUUUAAGAGGAAUGUGAAGGAAAGUGAUCCUCAAACCUCAAGAUGAACACACAAAUGACUUGGAUGAUUGGAAUAACACAAAUUUUUAUAUUGCACAAUAUGGUUGACAAUUGAUGGGAGUUUUAUUUUUCGAUAUUUUCAUAUUUUCCAAAUUCAACAUAUACUUACUAAAAUAUAUUUCCUAUCGUUAUUUUAAAGACCUGAGACAGCUCCUGGAAGAUCUCACAUCUCCUGCUCGCUCUAUAAACUGACGCAUCUCCUCCCUUCAGUGGAAACCUCAAGCUGGGAGUUGGACUGACUCUCUGGCACACACAUGUAUAGAAACAUUUCCCAUCCCGAAAUAAAGUAUUAUUUUUCUACCAUCCUUGCCUUCCUCAACGGACACUGGUGCUGAUAUACGCAAGAGAAAAAUGACAGAGGGGCAGAGAAAGUGCUGACACAGCGUGCACCGGACAGGGUUUUAAUUGAUUACUCCUUCAGGAAGAGAGGAAGGAGGGGGUAGACGGGCCAUGCUCGGUAAUUCAAUGGAUUUAUAAGAGAGGACCAGGGAAAUAGCCACUCGACAAAGCAUAACUCAGUCACACAAUAAUGCAAAAUAUGUAGUAUAUUAAUAGUACAUUUUGGUAAAUGCACAUUUUCAAUGUCAAAUGGGUUAGCAUCUAUUGACUAGGAUGCUCAUUAUGCGUCUCUGACAUUGUGUAAGUUUCAGGUAUAUGGUUCUCUCUCCAGUCCAUACAGUAUGUUUUAUUCUGUCAGUAUAAUCAACACUGGUUCUCUUUCACUCGCUCUAUUCAUAUCUUUCCCCCUCCCAUUCAUCUCUAUUUUUCCUUUCUCUCUCCUUCUGUGUGUGUAGUCAGUGUUUGAGUUUUAGCAUGUUACUCAGUGUCAGACGGAUGGAGAGGCUAUAUUUAUAGAGGCUGUUCUCCUACUGCAGGUUGUCUGACUGGGUAAUUCUCUCUUUCUAUCCUCUUUCCGAGGCACUGGGGUCGACAAAUGUGCAGCGUUGGCACUCUGAGCUCCGAGAUUUACUGGGUUCACUCAGAUGGAAAAAGAAGAGAGUAGAUGAGGGGAGAAUGUGUGUGUGUGUCCGUGCUGUUUGUGUGUAGAGGAAUGUGUGCUUGCGUGUGUAAGCUUUGAAUCAGUUGUUUUUUCUGUCUCUCAGUUAAUGAGCAGUUGGAGCCAAGGCCCUCUCCGCGGCGAGAGAUUUUUCUCAAGAAGGCCAAUAGAAGUGUACAAGUGUCUAGAAAGAUUGUUUUGAGUAUGUGUGAAUGGGCACUGCAAUUUCACAUUAAAAAGGCAUAUUACUGCAGUGCACAGGCGGAAUGAAAACCUACAGCUUGAAUAGAGACCUAAAACACAUGCCUGUGGCAGGCACACUUAAAUAAACUCCAGUCACACACAACUGUUAAUACUGCACACACACACACCAUUUACAUAGCACACACACACACACACACACACACACGGCUUGUAGGUCAACAACCUUGUAAAUUGCACCCUCUCAGCACCCCCCCACCGUUUGCUCAGUUUCCCUAAGACAGUUCUGUACAAUACGACCAUAUUCCCAAUGUUGUGCGGCUGAUCAAUGCCUUUUCAUUACCGGCUGGACGGAAGCGCUGACGUGAGGUAGAGAGCGGCAGACCUGCUCAGGACCGUGAUUAAUGCUUGUACCCGCCCAGUCCCACCUGGGGAUGCAUCGUUAGCCUUGAUUAAAUAUGAGUCCCAAAUUAUGGCUCUGGUCAAAAGUAGUGAACCAUAUAAGGGUGCCAUUUGAAAUACAACCUAAGCCUGCCAAGCCACAUUCACUCACCGAGCUGAGUGUCAUUCAGCUGUCCCAGACCUCUGCGGUCACAAGGUUAAGUGGCCAGCUGUUCGCGGGCGAUUAGUGAGCCAACUGUAGUCUGGCCGUAAGUCAAAAUUGGGCAGUUUGAGGUGGACUGAAACAUGGGUCAGUUGAUUUUUAUACUGUGUGUCUUUGUUGAUUAAGUCCGGAACAUUAUUCUUUAGGUAGAAAUGGACUUGCAGAUGGAGAGAAUCUCACCUGGAACAGCUAGGUUGGUCAGGGUUCAAAGUGUACGUGGGUUGAAUUCAAUUGUAGCUCAGACUUCCAUGAUCAAUGGGAAAUAAAUAAAACAGAAAUCAAGAGAAUCAAUGAAAAUUGUUCAUGAACUAAUUAAAUGUUGAACUCCAACUGAAGACAGAAGUACCUGCUUUAUCACGAUAACCUAAAAUGUACUGUCAAGUAAAAAUUCCUAAUAUAGUGUACUACUUUUGACCAGGGCCCAUUGGCCUAAAAAGUAGUGCAAAAUGGUUGCGUUUAGACAGGCAGCCCAAUUCUGAUAUUUUGCCCAAUUAUCGGCAAAAGACCAGAAUUGGCUUGCCUGUGAAAAUCCAGCUUUUGUAGUGAAUAGAGUGCCAUUUGGGACUCAGUCGGGGACUUCAUUGGUGCCCAUUACCACUGGGGUGCCAGAUUUGACAUACAGCUGCAGCCUCUCAAUUAGAGCCACACUGAUGACGGUUGUAAUCUCCUAAAUAAUGUCCCGAGCCCUAUAUAAAUCUACCUGAACAAACCAAAUUCCUCUACCAUAAUGAGAAAUUCAAAUAAGCCAUUUGUUAAGGCUAAAGGGGAGCGAUCAAGGAUAAAUUCCAGAUAAUUUAUGUAACCUUUUACUUUGCUCAGGUAGGAGUCCAUUUCACCUUUGCUUGUGCUAGCCAGCUGCCUUAAGUCAGUGCCAUCACAGACUGACUGACAGCACAAUAAAGACCUUUGCAUGGAGUGCCCAUUGGACCUUUAUUAUUUGUCAGUGCUCUUUAACUACGUAUUUUUGCCUCUUCAGUCCAGGGUGCAUUGCAUGGUGCCGUUACGAAUGUCAGGCUCCACUCAGAGGCACAUCGAUCUGCAGGUUGAACAUGGUGAGAUUGUAGACUCCUAAAUUGAUAAUUCAGUUUUAGGCGAUAUUACAGUUCCUUCACAUGGUGAUAUUGACUUGUAUUAUUGUGUGUAGCUACAUUUGCUAGCUAGCCCAUAAAGAGAGCAUUGCAUUGUGGGUUUUGUAGUGGACUUGAGCUGCAACAGAUUUCCACAACGAUUUUCACAUUGCUACCAACCUUAUAAACAACAAAUUUAAACAUUUGUUCACAAAUAUUGUUCUCACAUAAGUUAUAGGAAUUGGUUAUUUUGGGUGGAUUUUUCCUUUAAAAUUCAGUGUUUAACCAUACUUUUGGGGACCACAAGUACCCACAAUAGUAAACUAACAAAAAUGAGACUAACUGGGAAAAUGUUGUCGGUCCCCAAGGAAAAAUAAUAUUUCUAUGGGGUUUAGGGUUAGAAUUAGUGUUGUUCGAAUUUCAGUUAAGUUGGAGUUAAGGUUAAGUUUAGGAAAAAUAGGAUUUUGAAUGUGAAUCAAUUGUAUGUUCCCACAAGUUUAGUAAAACAAGACAGUGUGUGUGUGUGUGUGUGUGUGUGACCACAAUCAAUUAGUCUUUGCCCUAGGGAUGAACAGGAAUAAAAGUACACUAAACAAAACAUCUGGAACACUUUUUUUCAAUAUAUCAUUUUAUUUAAAAUAACGUUACAAUUUAUUACUCUACAUUACAUUUUCAAACCAGUUUUUCCUUUUUACAUUGGUUAGUAAACCUUCAUAUAUUCUAAGAUAUAAAAAAAACUUCCCAUUUGAGUUUCAGUAUCGGUUGUUAAUUCGUGUCCGUAGUUUGAGUAAAUGCAACACUGCUUUAUUUCCAGAACUUGACUUAAUGUAUAUUUAAGUUAGCUUUUGCGUCGCCAAAUACCCUACACAAAAUAACUGACCAACAGUGGUGCUAGCACACAACACUAUGAUUUCCCACAACUAGAAUAAUUUGAUGAAAUAAAUUAUACGUUUUCAAUCGAGAAAGUGCAUUUUUAUCCAAAUUACAAUUUUGCAAUAAUUUACAUUUAGAAGAAACAAGUCUUGGUUUUAAUGUGCCUAUACUUGCAAUCGAACGAAAGCCCUGCUCACCUGAAGCGUAAGGUACAGAAAUAACACGUUUUAACUACACAAAGGCCUACCAUGUUAUUCUUUUAGAACAUCUAGCUCAUAUGGAAAAAAGUGUGUGAUGUCCUUUAUCGCUGGGGUGCGUCCAGAACAUUUUUGGAACGUUCAGAUAGAAAUACAGCUUGUAGAACAAACACCCCUCUCUGACAUGCAGAAUAAGUGACCAGCUCAAGUUCGACAUUGUUUGGCUACUGAAAGUAGCCCUGGAGUGGCAUUGUUCCGUUCAGAAGGGUGGUGUAACUGGACUACAACAGUGUCAAGCUGCUAUUAGAGGAGGACACUGACCUUUUAAUAAUACCGCAACAAAAAAAGGUACAGGACUGACUGACCUUUAAAAUCCAUUCGAUAGGGGAGACAUGAUAAUUCUCUUAAAACGGACAUUAUAGAGAUAAAGCAAAGUAUGUGCAGGUGACUAGCGUAAUUGUUUCUCUGAGCAAAUUAGGGAAAGACAUCUUAGUAUCACUGCCCUCUUGCCGGCUCCUGCUCGCUGUUACCAUGACGAUGGAACACUGAUGACAAGGACACCCCACUCUACAUACAAGUGUGCACCUGUGUAUUUGUAUGCGUGUCUGUGCCUCUGUAUUCCCAGGGUAUAAAAGCUAAGAGAGCACCUGCUUCAGCCUAGGGACGUACACCGAAGUCUGUCAAAUGCUUUAGCUCAAGGACACAUACCAUUAUGAUGACAAACAUUAAAGAACAUUAACAUGAAUAUGUUAUAAGUGUGAGUGAGUCAGUUACGUGGUCUGGGGCGAUGUUAGACUGGGCAUGCUCAGACAGCGUAGUGCUGCCAAGGCAACCACAUCUAGUCUGAUGGCAGACCAACCUGGAGUGGAGGAAUGGAACACUGGCACACUGAAAGGAGGCGCGCACACGCUAGUUGUCGCUCUCCCCUCUCUCAAAACUACACACACGUUCUGGUAGAGCAUCUGCUAUCUUUAUGUCAUCCAUCUCUAAAUUGGCUAUUACUCUGGCUGUCAAAACGAAUAGGCAGCACCUCAAUUGCACAUCUUCAGCACUUUCAGAAUGCAGCAGUGGCAUUUAUAACGGACAUGCUAGUGUAUCGUUUUGUCAUUGCCAAUUCUCCUUUCGGGAGGCAAGAGUGCAGAACCAUGCAAUUAAGAAUGGUACAGUUUUACACCUGUCAAACUUCAGUAAUAGCCUUCAUUUCAACAUAGUUGAGGCAUGGAAGGGAUGUGGGCUAACCUUAUACAGCCUGAAAAGGCUGCAAGGCAUAACUCGCUAGGGGAGGGGAAAUGCCACCCAUCCAUCUCUAUCUGCACAGCUGUCACCCUGCAUAACCCCCUCUGGGUUGCAUCCCAAAUGGCACCCUAUUACCUAUGUAGCCCUAUGGGCCCCGGCCAAGAGAAGUGCACUUCCUUGGGAAUAGGGUGCCAUUUGGGAUGCCGCCUUGAGUCUUUAUCUGCUGCCUCAAAACCUAAACCCCCAUGGCCACCUAAACCCCCAUGGCCACGCCCCAAUCGGGCCUACCGCCUUAGCAAUACUGAGGAAAGACUGGAAACGCAUGCUCACACCAGCCUAAUACUAUACCCAUUUGGUUAGGCAAGGUGCAAUGAGGGGCAACAGAGAGACAUCCUGCAUCAUAACUGUACCUGCUCGGGCUGUUGUGGCCACGCUCCCACUUGUUAAUGCACUUACUUCUACGCAGGAACACAGGCAGACACAGGUGCACACACAUGCAUGCACCACUUGUCCUCCUGACACAGUUAAACUGCAGAGCAGUACUUAGUGGUGAGUUACUGAGCCCAGGGAAGCAAUCUCUACGGAAGGUCCUGAAAGACCUUUCCCUCGCUUGGUCCCCUCAACACUGACUCAGUAGUACGGAGUGGUACUUUAGUAGUACUCUACUGCUGUCUGCUGGUUGCACUAGGCACUGCACCCGAACACACACAACACACUACUUCCAUCCCUUUCUCCCAGUCUGUAUACGUCGAUCAAUACUCCGAGUGGGGGAAAUAUUCACUUUGAUCGUUGUUUCUCUGAAUGUUUAGUUCAAGGUCAAGCCCUCACUUCAUUGAGUAGAUGCAAACACCACUGAUAAA